CACGUGUGCCACUUCUUUUCCGCCCCCGCAUCGCCGUGAAAAUAUUGCUCGAUUCUUCGGAGGCCGUUCUUUAACGAGAUGCCGUUUGACGUCUUUUAAUUCGGAACUUUGGACGGGCGGUGCGUGUUGGAAUUAGCUAAUGUUUACACAUCGUUGUCCACUGCUUGCCUAAGCAUAUGGAAUGGAUUAUAGGAGUUGGCUCAGUGUGAGGAAUUCGAGAAAAGCAAUCGAAUUGUGUUUUCCAUGAAGGCGCGGUACCAAAAGCCGCAAGCUGGAGUAUUUUUUGGUAUUUCCAUGUGUGUGUGUAUAUCUUAAAAAAAUAUCAAAGACUUCUCACCAUGAGAUGCUUUGCAAGAAGCAUUGCACUGUGAAAGGAACCAGUGUUUCUGGAAGGCUCUCUCUCUCUCUCCCUGGGUUCAUUCAGUCAGGUAGAGUAAACAAAAGUCCUCCCGAGGGAGAAAUAUCCCUCCUCCAGCGCAAUGCCUCUUCACCAGUUACACGCCGAGUCUGGGACAGAGCGGCACGGCUCUGUGGGCUCUGCCGCGGACCUCAAGGCGAUAUAAUGCGGACGCGACCGUGCGCGCGCAGUGGCUGAAGAUGUGGAGCGUCCUACCGUUGAUGCUCGCGCUCACGCUGACCACCGCCGAGCUGACCGGCUGGGACAGCCUCCUGCGGCAAGCCAAGCUGCGGCGGCAGGCGGCGGAGCCCGCGACCGCCGCCUCGCCCGGCGAUGCGCGCUCCGGGGACGAACGCGCGGAUCGACUCGCCGAGAGGUUCGCCGCGAACGUCCGGCGGCUGCGGGACAGCGGGCGCAGCCUGGAGCUCGUCUUCCUGCUGGACGAGUCGUCCGGCGUGAGCGCCGCGGACUUCGCCGGCGAGCUUCGGCGCGUCCAGAAGCUGCUGUCGGAUGUCCCCGCGGCGGCCUCCGCCGCCCGAGUGGCCGUGGUGACGUUCUCGUCCAGGACCGACGCCACGCCGCUCGUGGAUCGCGUCUCGCCCCCGCGGUGCCAGCGGCACGAGUGCCCCCGGGCGCACGCCGAGGGCCCUGGCGUCGGCCUCAGCGGCGGCGGUGGCGGCACGCGCACCGAGGGUGCCCUCUUGCAGGCGGCGGAAAUCCUGCGGCACUCGGGCGAGGACUCGAAGGCGGCCGUCUUCUUGGUGAGCGACGGGCACUGGGGGGGCGGCGGAGACCCGCGGGGCGCGGCGGCGGCGCUGCGAGCAAGCGGGGCCGAGGUCUUCACCGUCGGCGUCACGAGCGGGAACGUCCGCGGGCUCGGCGAGAUGGCCUCGGCACCUGCGAGCGAACACUGCUACCUCUUGGACGACUUCGAGGAGUUCGAGGCGCUGGCUUACAGAGCCCUGCACAACGCCUUUGCAGAUGUGGAGUGCCCACUACCAGGACCAAUCUCGAACGGAGCAGUGGAGGCAACCGACUUCAGAAAUGGCAGCUCCAUCUCCUUUAGGUGUCACGAGGGCUACACGCUCAUCGGUGGCCCGACUGUGACGUGCCUCUCCCACGGCGAGUGGAGCCAGAAGCUUCCGUCAUGCGAGCCCAUCUCCUGCGGCGCCCCGGAUGAAAUCACCAACGGGGUCAUCACGGAAAAUGGGAUAACGUAUCUGUCCACGGCAACAUACGUGUGCACGACGGGCUACAGACUGCGCGGGCCCCACGUGCGGACGUGUCAGGCGUCGGGCCAGUGGAGUGGCGAGUCCCCCGAGUGCGAGGUGAUCUCGUGCGGGGAGCCGCCCCGACUCAGCCACGCCAUCGUCAAGGGGGAGAGCUUCACGUUCGGCAACGACGCGACCUACGUCUGCAGCGACGGAUACAACCUCGUGGGAACUGCCAAGAUGGCGUGCCUGGGCUCUGGCAUGUGGACGCUCAGCAAUGCGCGCUGCACCCCGCUGUCGUGCGGCGCGCCACCCCGCAUCGAGAAAGCCGUAGUCAAGGGGGACAGCUACCUGUUUGCGAGCACUCUGCUUUACGUGUGCGCCGAUGGCUACAAAUUGGAGGGGCACAAGGAGAUCGUCUGCAACGUGCACGGGAAGUGGGCUCCGACCGUCGGAGAGGACUUUCCGCAGUGCGUCUCUCAGUACUGCGGCAGGCCACCCGCGGUCCUGUUCAGCACCAUGGACAGCCCGGACGCGGACAACUUCACCGUGGGAUUUACGGUCAGCUACAAGUGCCAGGACGGUUACCAGCUGAACGGGGACGGUAAGGUCACCUGCCAAAGCGGGGGUCGUUGGCUCUCUCCGAUACAUUCAAUCCGAUGCGUUCCCGUGGACUGCGGAGAGCCGGCCACGAUUGACAGAGGCUACGUCAGCGGCAACAACUACAGCUUCGGGGCGGUGAUUGCUUACAGCUGUGAGCGGGGCUAUUACAUCAAGGGGGAGAAAAAGCGGACGUGCCAGUCGACCGGAGAGUGGAGCGGCAAGCUACCCAGCUGCCAGCCCGUGUCCUGCGGAGAGAUCCCUCAGAUUGACAAUGGGCGAGCGGAGGCCCCCAACGGGACGGUGUUCGAGAGCGUGGUGCGCUACCUCUGCGACAAGGGCUACCGCCUGCAUGGCAGCAGCACGCGGAGCUGCCAGGCCAACCGCCAGUGGUCCGCCGAGUCGCCCCCCUCGUGCGUCGAAAUGCAGUGCAAGUCGCCGCCCGUGCUGGAGAACGGCGUCGUCAGCUCGAGCAAGAUCGCUGACGCCAAGGUCAAGCGGCAUGCCACCCACAGGGGUCGCGCCGCCAAAGACGACGCCGCCGCCGCCGCUGCGGCCAAGGGUCACGUGAUGAGUCCGGGUUUCCGGUUGGAAUUCAAGUGCAAGGAGGGCUACCAGCUCUCUGGGGACUCUGUGUGGACCUGCGGCGCCGACGGACUGUGGAACACCGGCGUGGUGCCCGCGUGCAGUCCGGUGCGCUGCCCGGCGCCUCCUCCGCAGAGAAACUUGAUUUCAACCGGAAACUCGUUCAGCUUCAACAGCCUCCUGUUCAUGAGCUGCGUCGAAGGGUACAAGCUGGUCGGGUCCGCAAUCCUGCAGUGCACGGCCUCGAGAACGUGGAGCAACGCUUUCCCCAAAUGCAUUCCCAUCAACUGCACCGCCCCGCCGGAGCUCCCGUUCGGGUCGGUGUCCGGCCUCGACUACUCGCUGGGGAAGAGCAUCAACUUUUCCUGCUUGCAGGGAUUUCACUUGAAAGGGAAAUCCUCGCUCGAUUGCCUCCCGAGCGGACGAUGGAGCUCCGACGUUCCCGAGUGCGUGUCGGUGGAGUGCCCCCACCCGGAGACGAUCGCCAACGGAAUCGUGGACAACCAGGGGCUGACGUACCUCAGCCGAGCCUUCUACACGUGCAAGCCGGGCUACAGGUUGUCCGGCGCACCCACCAUGCAGUGCGGGGAAGAGGGCCGCUGGAUAGGCACGGUGCCAACGUGCGAACCCGUCACGUGCCUCCCUCCGAAGGCCAUCCCCAACGGCAGACUGACCGCGACGGGCACGAGCGUGGGCGACAGGGUGACGUUCGCCUGCGAACGCGGCUACAGGCUGGAGGGGGAGAGCAGCGUCGGCUGCGUCCACACGGGCCGGUGGAGCGCGCCAUUCCCCUCCUGCGUCCACAUCACGUGCGGCCCCCCGCAGCCCCUGGAGAACGGAUUCGUGGAAGGGAACGAAUACACGUUCGGUAGCCUCAUCAUUUACAGUUGCUUUCCCGGCUUCCAGCUGCUGGGCAACGGGCUCCAAACGUGCGAGGAGGCCGGCUGGGGUGACAGGGCCCCCGCGUGCGUCCAGAUGGAUUGCGGUCCGCCGCCGCACAUCGACUUCGGGGAAUACGUGAAGAUUCACGCGGAUGAGAAACAGAUCCACGGCGGCGAUGUUGGGGACGCGGUGGCCCCUAGAGACGAGGAACACGCAGGGGCGCUGAUUUCCCUUUAUUUCGAUUUGCCCCCGGCAAACGAGAAGGGGGGAAAGCCGACACCGACCGCACCCCCUGCGGAGCACAAGACCGGCAAGAACCACGGCUACCAAAGCGAUGGCAUGGCCUCGUUUGAACGCCGCGAUCCACGGUCACCCUUAAACCGCGGAGACAAAAGGGAAAUACGGAUGCUUUUGGAUUUCCUGAAGUCCAUCGCGGCGAAAAAAAGACAACGGCGAUCCCACCUCGGCCCGAUGUCAGAAUAUCUGUACGGAACGCUUAUUCGGUACCACUGUUUGACCGGGUUCGAUAUGGAGGGGCCGUCCGUGCUGAUAUGCCAAGAAGACGGCACGUGGAAUGGCACCGCUCCCAAGUGCCACGCGAUCCAAUGCGAGGCGCCGCGGCCGCCGGAAAACGGCGCCGUGGAAUUCCACAGCCGCGGGUUCGAGAGCGUGGCGAGCUACCGUUGCGACGUGGGAUACACGAUGGUGGGGCGGCCCUCGAGGUCGUGCACGACGAGCCGCACGUGGGACGCCGCGCCGCCCGUCUGCGUGCCUGUCACCUGCGGGGCCCCGGAAGUCAUCGCUCACGGCGGUGCCGUGCCUGGCGACGUCGCCACGCACGGCGGCGCGGUCCGGUACGGCGGCACAAUCCGGUACGCGUGCGCUCCCGGCUACUCGCUCGUCGGCCGACAGGAGCUCGCCUGCCAAGCCAACGGGACAUGGUCGGCCGAGAAGCCGAAGUGUUUGCCGCAGGAAUGCAGGCCUCCCGCGGCGCCGUCGAACGGCCGGAUCGUCGGCAGGGAUCACACGUUCCAGAGCGAGGUCCGCUACGUGUGCAACGCGGGGUACACGUUGAUUGGGAAGACCGUGCGCACGUGUCUGUUCGACGGCAGGUGGAGUAACAAACCUCCCGUGUGCAAACCCGUGUCAUGCGAAGCGCCCCGACCGAUUGCAAACGGGAGAAUCGAAGGCUCCGAAUAUACGUUCGGGAAAGCCGUGCACUACCGCUGCCUGGAUGGUUUUUCCCUGCGAGGCGUCUCGAGCAGGCUGUGCGAGUCGAGCGGCUCGUGGAGCAACAGCAGCCCGUCGUGCGAGGGGGUGACGUGCGGGCCGCCGCCGGACGUCGCCCAGGGCUACCUCGUCGGCUCCAACUUCGACUACGGCGACGCCGUCGAGUACGUCUGCUUCUCGGGCUACGAGCUGCGGGGCGACCGACGCCGGCGGUGCCUCUCCAACGGCUCGUGGAGCGCCGACAGCCCGCGGUGCGAGCCCCUCCUCUGCGGCCCACCGCCCGAGCCGGAGAACGGCGAGGCGGAGGCCUCCGACCGCACGUACGGCAGCGUCGUCGCGUUCCGCUGCCGCGGCGGCUUCGAGAUGACGGGGCCGGGGCGCGCCGUGUGCGAGGCGGACGGCAGCUGGAGCUCCGAGGCGCCGACCACGUGCCGCCGGAGGUCCUGCGGGAGCCCGCCGGAGCUCGCGCGAGCCGCGCUCCGAGGAGGCGGCGGCGGCGGGCAGCGCCGCACCGGGGAGAGCGUCGCGUACGAGUGCCGGCCGGGCUUUGCGCUCGUCGGAGACGCGACGCUGGCGUGCAACGACGCGGGCCGCUGGGGCGAGUUGCGCGCUCGCUGCGUCCCCCUGACCUGCGGCCCGCCGCCCUCGUCGCCCAGAGCUGAGAUCGUCGCGGCCUCUGACGAGUACGACGGGAAGGCGUACUACAGAUGUGCCAAAGGCUUUCGUCUGGCGGAGGACGUGGACUGGCGGACGUGCCUGAGCAACGGCUCGUGGAGCGCCAACCCCAUCACCUGCGCCCCGCGCUCGUGCGGACCGCCCCCCCGACCCCCCCACGCGCUCGUCCGAGGCGAAGCGUUCACCGUCAACAGCUCGGUGCGCGUCGGCUGCCGCGAGGGCUACCGCCUCGCCGCCGGAGACGGGGUCUCCACGUGCCGGGAUGAUGGAGUUUGGUCUCCGCCUCUGUCAGGAAUUUCCUGCGAACCUGCGAGCUGUGGCAGACCAAACGUCCCCGCUCACGGCUCGGUGGACGGGCCCGGGCUGACGUUUGGCAGUGUGGUUACCUUCUCGUGCCGCCAAGGAUACGCGUUAGAGGGCCCAUCUCAGCUAUCCUGCCUGAGCAACGGCUCCUGGAGCGCGGCGAGCCCCGCGUGCGUGGCCGCGUCCUGUCCACCGCCCUCCGCGCCUCCCCACGGCUUCGUCGCGGUGGUCUCCUAUUCUCUGGGAGGCGUCGUCCGCUACGAGUGCGACGCCGGCUACGUCCUGCACGGCGCCCGCAAUCGAAGUUGCUUGCCCAGCAGGGAGUGGAGUGGCUCACCGCCCGCCUGCGUUGAACAGUCCUGUGAACCCCCUCGGCCGAUAACCAACGGCAGAUUGGUCCGGGCCGGGCGCGGCGAUGCUGGCGCGCCCGCGGCAGAUGCUCGAUCCAGCUUCGCGGCCGGCAGCACGGUUGAGUUUGCGUGUGACGAGGGAUAUCGGCUGGAGGGGUCCAAGCGGAGCUCUUGCACCGGGAUCGGUGAAUGGAGCGUCGCUCAACCGGCGUGCGUCAGAGUCUACUGUGGAACCCCGGUGCCAGUGAUGAAUGCCAUAAUGCGUGGCAUGUACUAUCAAUACGGGGACAUGAUUACCUACUCGUGCUACAGCGGCUACAUGCUGGACGGGCCAAGCCGCAGCUUCUGCCUGCAAAAUUCAACCUGGAGCCUGCAGCCUUCUUGCAAAGCUGUUUGCAGGUUCCCCUGCCAGAAUGGAGGAUUGUGCCUGAGGCCCAAUUCGUGUUUCUGUGCUGAGGGCUGGAUGGGGCUACUGUGUGAGGAGCCUAUCUGCAUCCUACCGUGCCUGAAUGGUGGUCGGUGCAAGGCACCCUACCAGUGCGAGUGUCCGGACGGCUGGCAGGGCUCGCGCUGCCACCUCGCUGUGUGUCGAAAGCCGUGUCUGCACGGUGGCAAGUGUGUCGGCCCCAAUCGGUGCCAGUGUCUGCCAACCUGGAGUGGGCAAGAUUGUUCUCGACGUAAGAAGGCGGGCUAUUACAAAUUUUAAGAAGAAAUUUGUCUACGGAAGAAUCCGCAGUUUUCACAAGAGAUCUGAAUGUAUACUAUGGCUUUCCAUAGAUUGUUGCUUAAUACUAUAAUAUAACAGUACUACUAUUGAACAUCAAUGUUUUCGGUCAUAGUAGUGAAUGCAGCCAUAUGAUUCUUGCAAAAAAGGAUAGGGAGUUAAGGUGACAUUGCCCUUCUUAUGCUGUAACUUUUUUCAUACAACACAUAUUACGAUUCUAUCCAAAAGCGGCUGUUUGACUCAAUUUGCACGGCGAAUUAUUUUUAGUCAAAAGGUCGUUGUGACUGCUCAGAUCCUAAUUGAAAUGCGCCACUGCAGGAGGGAGCGUUUUUUUCUCCCUUCAUAUUUACAACUCCGCGUUAGGAGUGGCGCUUUGCCGUAAUGACAAAGUUGUCUGCGUGUGUUGUCGGAUUUUGCCAACAAUUAAUAGAUUGCGGUAGCUCGAGGCUCUGCUGAUAGGACGAUACCCACGCGGAAACACCUCGAUCACACCAAGGCGGUGUGAUGGAGGUGAUCAUUUGCACGUCUUUCUUUGCCCCCCAAAGGAUGACAUUGCGACGUCAAGCGUAACACAAUCACCGGGUAUUCCAUUCACUUUAUUUUUUUUAAUCUAAAGUAGACUAAGCGUUAGUUUACUCUGUGUCGAGAAGGAUUUUGAAAUUAUAUGAGAUGAAUAAUAGUGAUGAUAAAAAUCCAAUAACAUUUUUUAGUAAAAUCUGCCACACUCAAGAGCAGGACUCACAUGAUGUGGUAUAAGUGUUAUCCACAACAGUGGUUUUUGGGUUAGAUCGUGAUCGUGAUCUAACCCAAAAACCUCUUAUGGAUUAUAUUGGUUGCUAAAGCUUACAUGUUAAACUGAUAUAAAUGCUCACGGUACGACAGAAUUUUUAUUUUUGCGAUAUGAUGACAAUUGUGAUUUCAGAUUCAAAUAAUCUUGCAAUUAGCAAUCUAUUACAUUAUGUGCUGUGCUGCACAUCCAGUGAGAAUACAUAGUGAACAUUUUUUUCAACCACAGUUCACUCAACAGAAUGCUUACAGGAAAUAAAGCUGACAAUGCACAUGCCGGCAGUUACGUAAUAAAUAAGUAAGUAAAAAAAUUCUUGAACUACAAAAAUAAUGACUUGAUAUCACAACCAUGCCGUCAAUUGCUCCAGAAAACGUUUUGAAUCUGGGCCGGCGCCCAUGAUGAAACCAUUGUUUGCCGAGCUGCACUGGCUGGCGGUUGCCGAACGAAUAACAUUGUAAGGUCGCACUCAUUAGCACACAAAGUGCUUGCCGCUAAUGAACAACAACACCUUGCUGAUCUCCUCGAGAAGUCUAGACCAUCACGUUAACUUUUGGCUAACCAUUGAACAAAGACGGUCACUGCAUCGCGCGCUUUUAGACGCGCUUCUGCGGUCGCCUGGAACGCUCUUCCGUCCAAUACUAGAGAGCCACUGGGAGCUGCGCACUUUUAAAUCUUGAUUGGACACUAAUCUCUUUAAAACGCCUUUCUGUGUUUAGUUUGUUGUCCUUCCCCCGCACCUCCGAUUAGCACGGUUGGCUACGUAUAGUGUGAAAGAGGUUCAAAAUACGUAGGUUUUCAUGAGGAAUGAUGGUCUGGGCCCAGACACCCAAGGCUGCAUAGAAAAACCACAGCGUUAUAAUUUUCACCUAAUUUGGUUACAAUUCCUGCUGUGAGAAGAAAAAUGAAACUCAACAUCAGCGGCAAGGCGUCUGGGAAAGUGCCACCUCGUGUGUGCACUACAAAGGUCAAUUGAAGGGAAUCUAAAUUCCACCUGCCCAAUGUCUCAAACACCGCGUCCCUGCCGUGUGUCAGUCGGGAAUAGACGCUUCGGCUUGUGAUGAUGCCCGAUGGCACAAUGGAAAUAAACUUGUGUUAAUGAGAAAAAAAAGACGCGUCCAAUAGUAGCAACAUUAUAUUAAAACUUGUUUUGCAUUUAUGUAUACAAUUAUGCUCAUGGUUAAAUGUGAAUUAUCCUUCAUUGCAGUGACAGAAUAUCCGUAACCAGUUGUAAUUUUGUGCUGGUUGGUUGGCGUUUCAGGCCUUUGGACCUGUGCUUAGCAACCAUUAUUAACGAAACUAAAUAUACAACUAUUUGCAUCCAAUCAAAAAACGUUCCCGUUUCAACUGCCGUGCCAGGAGACUGAACCGGUGACCUCUGGAUUGCAAGUCCAUUGUGCUAACCAUUACACCAUUGUAGCAGCUUUUCCGAAUUCUUGUCCACUCCAUAUUGGUCUCUUUUUUUGAAAGCAUUUAACAUUACAUGGAUCGUAUUACCGAACCCCUGAUUACAAUUGCCAUUUCAUCUACUUGAUAGCGUAUUAAUUUUGAUAGCGUAUAUUUGCUGAAAACCUCUCAGUCUUCAGGGCCAAUAACGUUAUAAUACAUAUGAAUAGCUUCUCUGGCCACUGCAUCUAAAAUAAUCGUUUGUCAUUACAGCCAUUUCAUGUAUAUUAAUUGGCUGUAAUGCAGGCCCCUUUUCACACAUUGUCAGACACGCUUAUGCCUAUGCCGGAAUCGGAGCUCUUUGUUUGUUUUUUGGAUCGCAACGCGUGUUGUUGGGCACGAUAUCCGACGUUUUGCUCCAAGGGCUGUUCACGAAACAAAUCAGUUCCUGAAGAUGCUCCCAGCUCACGAAUCGAAACGUCGGACAACCGGACAACAUUGCAAAUGUAUACAGCACAAUCACAAAAACCUACCCAGUGAGAGCCACAGCAUUCAUAUAACAAUAAUUAUUGUUGUUUGUGGUUGUUCAUUAUACAUAGGCCUGCGAUGUGCAGUGUCGUUGUGGUAUAUUUGAGCCCAUUGGUUGUGUAAUAUCAAAGGCUGCACAAUAAUAUUCAUACUGUAUUGCAUCAAGCAGAGUUUAAAUGUGUACUGUAUUAUAUUAACUUAGCUUGAACGGUGUUUAAACUUACAUAUGUUGACAUCGGUUUUUUUUUGUUCAUACAAUCAACAAGUACUGUAUACUUUCUUCCACGGCAGAUUAUUACUGCACGUUGUACGAUUAAAUAACGUUUAAAAUCA